GCUUUACAAUGCUUCCCUAUGCUUUACCAGACCUCUCUAUGCUUUACAAUGCUUCCCUAUGCUUUACCAGACCUCUCUGUGCUUUACAAUGCUUCCCUAUGCUUUACCAGACCUCUCUGUGCUUUACAAUGCUUCCCUAUGCUUUACCAGACCUCUCUGUGCUUUACAAUGCUUCCCUGUGCUUUACCAUACCUUUCUGUGUCUGAAAAGUGGUCUAUUGUAAACAGAUGAGCUACACGCUUCACUUGAACACUCUCUUGCUUGUUUGAAGCUCUACGGCCAAGUUACACAAAUACACAGUCCUCUCGCAUCGAGACGAGUUACUUUUGUAUUUUUUGUGGGUUCUUCUGACAAAACGUCAUUCAAACAAGUUAUUUUUAAUGUUAAAUGUGUUUAUCACUAAUAUAAUAAACCGACUCGUACAAUGAUGUAUGUAGGUGUGUCUCAAAAGUGCCGCUUUCCCCCCCACCACCCAAAAAAACCCUAAAAAAACAAAUUGCCCAGAGCAGAAACGGAAAACAAAGCGUGAAGGGGCGUGUCUUUCUAGGACCCGCAUCAGUGAUGAAGCGAGCGCUCCGAGAACACGGAGUGAGGAUCAAUCUUUCUACUCUGUCAAUGCAAAGAAGGGCACAUUUAAAAUCAUGGAAUACAGCUGGAGAGGAAUCCGCUUUCUCUGUUUCAUGGCGGUUUAUGGGAUUUGCCUCUCUGCCGCUCAUCUGGUAACCCAGCAGGUGAAGGGGAUUGUGGGGGAAUCGUUCACUUUCCCUGUGGAAAUCCCGAACCUGCAGCCGGAUAUGGAGAUAAACUGGAGAUACAGUUUUAAGGAACUGGACUUUCAGAUUGCGAGAAUUCAGAAUGGGAAGAUUGAAGUUUUUGAGGAGAGAUUCAAAGCAAGGCUGCAGCUGGACAAUAUGAGCAGCUCUCUCAGGAUUAAUAGCUUGGAGAGAGAAGACAGCGGGAUUUACCAAGUGGAGACAAUCAGAGGAAACAGAUUUAUUAAAAGAUUCCAGCUGUCUGUUUACAACCCUGUUCCAGAGCCUCAGGUUCUGCAGAUCCAUUCAGCUAACAGGAGCUGCACUCUGCAGUGCUUUGUGGGAAACGCCAGUGAAGUGAACGUGUCCUGGAUAAGAGAUGGGAAACCACUGAACACAACAGAACUGGAGAUCUCACAGGAAAUGCAAGGGGGCAAUGUUACCUACAGCUGUGUGGCCAGCAACCCUGCCAGCAACAAGAGCAUCACUGUGACACCUUCACAUUACUGCGGUAAAAGAAACGGCAAUGAAGAUGGUGCUGAAACCCCAAGGAAUCACGUUUUGAUUCCUGUGAUCGUGCUCGCUGUGAUCGGAGUCCUGGCAGUCCUAUCGAUCACACUGUAUCUCAGGAGAAAGAAGACGGCAUUUGAGAAAGAAGGUUCUGAGCGGUCCAGAAACUCGAGCGGUAUCGUGUACGCAGAAGUCACAACCGCGCCCCCUGCAGGCAGUGGAGAGGAUAUACCAGAACUCGCUGCAGCUCGGCAAACGACAGCAAAGCUGACCACCAUCUACGAUGAACUGCGAACGCCCAGCUCCCAGAACGCACCGUGCUGACGCAGGAAGGAAACGCUUGCGUCCCUCAAAUGCUUAGCCAUGAUGAAACGAGAGAGAGAGAGAGAGAGAGAGAGAGAGAGAGAGAGAGAGAGACACAGAGAGAGAGAGAGAGAGAGACACAGAGAGAGAGAGAGAGAGAGAGAGAGAGACAGAGAGAGAGAGAGAGAGAGAGAGAGAGAGACAGAGAGAGAGACAGAGAGAGAGGAGUGAGAGAGAGAGAGAGAGAGAGAGAGAGAGAGAGAUUAAAGUCCAUUAAAAAGUAUUCAAUUUGAGAAAUUUAAAGUGACUGGAAAAUAUUAAAGACCAGAGAAGUAAUUUCAACUGUCUGGGAGGUGAGACUGUGUGUUUAUAAUCCAGCACACUCUGACUGUGUUAUUUGGUCGCUCAUAGUCAUGCAAACACGCUAGAUACUGCAGGAGCAUUGGGGGAGCAAUCCCAUCUGUAUUGACGUGGUAAUUAAUAGAGGAGGGGUCACUCUUAUAAGCACUGUAUAUUUACAGCCGUAUCAACUCCCAUGCUCUCAUAACCGAUCUGUUUCAAAUCAGCUGAUUGAACGGGACGUUAUCAAGGACAAAUCAUCCCAUAGGAAUGGGCUAAUAGGUGCCUACUAGCCUCCUAACCCCUAAAUCUACCCUCUACCCCUAAACAUAAUGUCUACCACUAACCGAAUCUCUACCCCUAACCCUAAUCUCAACCCCUAAAGAGAGAGAGGGAGGGAGCGGGCUAAUUCACCUUCCCCCCCUGGAACAACAUUUGAAGAUUAUUUGAAGAAACAACAAGAAGUUAUUUUAGUUGUAUUUUUUUGCAAUCAGGUUUGGCGUUCUGAGCACGGGGUGAUGUCUCUGCACAGGAUGUAUGAAGUGUUGGAAUUCUGGCAAACGCUGCACUGUGAUUGGUCGAUUUUUGGGUCACACAGUCAGGGGAGCGCAGGGGUCCCCGAGGGUCUCCCCUGGUAGGUGAGGAAGCUCGGUCAUGGGGUUUCAGGAUACACGCUGAAGCUUCAAGUUCUCUGUGUGGGGAAAUAAAUACAAAUGGGGGUCUGAUUCCCAUCCCUGCAUUGUAACUGCAGUUUAAUAUCACUAGACUGGACUGGAAUUACAUUGCAACUGCAGUUUAAUAUCACUAGACUGGACUGGACUGGACUGGAAUUACAUUGUAACUGCAGUUUAAUAUCACUAGACUAGACUGGACUGGAAUUACAUUGUAACUGCAGUUUAAUAUCACUAGACGGGACUGGAAUUACAUUGUAACUGCAGUUUAAUAUCACUAGACUGGACUGGAAUUACAUUGUAACUGCAGUUUAAUAUCACUAGACUAGACUGGACUGGAAUUACAUUGCAGGGCUGGGAAUCAGACUCCCGCUGCACAGCAGUGUCACCCAGUCCAGGUUUCACUAGGAGUUUAAUAAUAAGACACACCUGAGCUUGUUAGCUAGACACACUGGGGCUGAUCAAGCUGGUAGUAAAACCUGGACUGGGUGACACUGCUGUGGGAUUGGAGUCUUACAUCCAGCCAGGCAUUGCUUUGGGGUCUUAAAUGUUGUAAAUAUGAUUUUAUAUAUAUAUAUAUAUAUUUUUAAUUCGUUCCUCCAUUUCAGAAACCAUGUUUCACAAUUAAUGUUUCCCCUUUGCUGUAGAUUUUAUCUUAAAGAGCACUUUGUUCAUUUAUUUAUUAAUUUCAUUAAAUCUAUGUGCGCUGUGCGAUCACUGCUGCCCCCUAAUGGUCUUUUUGUAAAUUGAUGUUUUUAUUUUUCAUUAUAUGAAAAUGUUGUACUUUUAAAUAAAGGGGGGAGAAAAUGAAAUGAAAAAAUAAAUUUGCAAGAAACCCUAACCUGA